AUGGAAACCUCGCUUUUCCGAAGUCCCAGGCCAGGCUGGGAGCUUGGUCCUGAGAAAGUACUGCGGCUGGUCCUGCCAGAGCCGCCCCCCACCCGCAUUCCUGAAGCCAGUUCAGACUCCCAGCUGACAAGGUUGAGGCAGCAGCCCAGCUCAGGUCCCACUUGCCCUGUGGCCCAUCACCCGCCUGCAGCCAUGGGGAGCCAUCAGGACUUCCGGAGCCUUCAAGCCAAGUUCCAGGCCUCUCAGCUGGAGACCAGUGAACACCCCAAAAAACCCCCAAAGCCUGAGUUCAACAAACUUCUAAAGAAGUUUCCACCACCUGAGCCAAGCGAGCAUCCCAAGAAGCCCCUGCAGCCCAGCUGUAACGAUCUGCCUCCGAAGCCCGCCAAACCUGAGCCAAAGGAGCCCUCCAAGAAGUUCCCACAGCUCAACGCCCCUCAGAAAGCUUUGCAGCCUGAGCCUGGCCAUCCAGCCAGGCCCCCGACAGAGCCCAAACCCAGUGCCCUCCUCAAGAAGCUCCAGCAGCCUGAGCCCAAUGAAGCCACCCCAGACCCUUCACAGCCAGACCUCAGUACCCUUCUCAAGAAGCCCCCACAGCCCGAGUUCAGUGUGCACCCCAGGAAGCCCCCGCAGCCGCAGGUCGGUGGCCUCCCUAAGAAACCCCUGCCACAGUCUGAGACCAGUGAGGCCCCUCAGACGCCCCCCUGGAAGCCUGAGCCCAAAGAGCUCCACCCCUUCUCCUCACAGCCAGACCUCAGUACCCUUCUCAAGAAGCCCCCACAGCCCGAGUUCAGUGUGCACCCCAGGAAGCCCCCGCAGCCGCAGGUCGGUGGCCUCCCUAAGAAACCCCUGCCACAGUCUGAGACCAGUGAGGCCCCUCAGACGCCCCCCUGGAAGCCUGAGCCCAAAGAGCUCCACCCCUCCUCCUCACAGCCAGACCUCAGUACCCUUCCCAAGAAGCCCCCGCAGCCAGAGUUCAGUGUGCACCCCAGAAAGCCCCCGCAGCCUCAGGUCGGUGGCCUUCCAAAGAAAUCCCUGCCACAGCCCGAGACCAGUGAGGUCCCUAAGACGCCCCCCUGGAAGCCCGAGUCCAGUGAACUCCACCCCCACCCCUCAAAACCCGAUUUCAAUACAUUUCCCCAAAAGAUCCCAGCCCCUCAGCUGAAUGACUUCCCCAAGAAACUCCUGCAUCCUGAUUUUGGUGACCUCACCAGGAGGUCCUCAGAGCCUGAAGUCAGUGUGUUUCCCAAGCGGCCCCGGCAGCCUGAAUGCAAAGCGCCCUCCAAGAAGCCAGAGCUGGGGAUCCUCCCCAGGGUGUCCUCAGAGCCCGAGUUUGGCCUGCUCCCCAGCAAGUUUCUGCAGCCUGAGUGCCAGGCCGCCCCCCGAAAGUUCUCGCAGCCUGAGUCCAGCGCUUUGCCCAAGAAGUACCUGCACACUGAGUUCUCUGGUGGUCUCCCUAAAAAGCCCCCCAUCCCCAGCUCUGUUUCAGAGAGCUCCCUUCCCAGUGCGGUCACAGGCUCCCGCCCCAGGCUCCCCCUCAGCCCUGGCUUGGGAGCCAGGAAGCAAAGAUCAGGAGCUCGCUCUCAUAGUGGAGGGUCGAGGCUGGGCCUCAAAUCCAGCUACCCACCCCAGCGGAGGCCUCUGCCCUCGGUCAGCAGCCUGGGACCCCCUCCAGCCAAGCCCCCGCUGCCCCCUGGCUUCAGGGAUGUCCAGAGCUUCUGGAAAGCCACAGCCACAGCCACAGCUCUGAGGAGGACCGGUUCUGCUGGGAUCCUCCAGGCCCAACAGACUGAAGACAUCCUACAGUAUUCCUCCAGGGACCAGGAAGAGGCUUAUGAGCUGUAUGACGAUGUGGAGCCCAUGGACAACUCCAGCCCCGGCCACAAGGGCAGAGGAGGAGUCCAGAAAGCAAGAGGCAAUCCGUUAGAAUUCACAACCCAGGAGGCAGGCCUGAGGAGCAGAUGGACAGAUGAAGUGCCAUCUACCCAGCAACCCCCCAGGCCAACACAGAACCCGGAACUCAGGAGGGAGAAGGCCCCCCAGCCACAGCACCUGCCGCCCGCAGACCUGAAGACCCUGAAGCAGAUCCGGAAGGCAGAGAAAGCCGAGAGGGAGUUCCGGAAAAAGUUCAAGUUUGAGGGGGAGAUAGUGAUUCACACAAGGAUGAUGAUCGAUCCCAAUGCCAAGACACGCCGUGGGGGUGGCAAGUACCUGGGCAUCCGGCGUGGGGAGAUCCUGGAGGUGAUCGAGUUCACCAACAAGGAUGAGAUGCUGUGCCGGGACACCAAGGGCAAAUACGGCUACGUGCCCAGAACAGCUCUACUGCCCCUGGAAACGGAGGUGUAUGACGAUGUUGGCUUCUGGGCAGACCCUCUGGAGAGCCAACCAUCACCCCAGGAACAGUAAGGCCCACCAGUGUGGACACCCAGGACCACCGGCCAGCCCAGCCACCCAUUAACACAGGAGUCUUGGAUCCCAGAUUGGCAGUCACAGAACCACCCAGGCUCCCACCUGCCUACAUACAUGAAGCACAUAAAGCUCCUAUUUAAAGCAAUUCCUGCUUCUUGUCUUUUCUCUCCAGCCUGACUGACACACAAUGGGAGUCCCGAUCAAAGAGCUGGGGGUCUUACCCUUCUGGAGUGAACAGCAUGGGGGAAAAGUGUGGCAGGGAGAAGGUGGCAAGGGUAGGGCACCAUGACCAGACGUGUCAAGCAGUGGCUGCAGCUCCACACAGGCUGCAAACAGCUGUCCAGCCCACGGGGACCUAGGUAUGAGAUCACAUCUUGGGGGAGGGGUGACCCAGUUCUGACUGAGCUCAGGUAUCACGCUCAGCCUCAACGGCUACAGGACUAAAUGCACUCAGUAACCCGCACCCCACUCACCUGCUACUGCGGCAAGGAACAGACCACACCCCCGCACUGCCCCGCAAGCACGCACAAUUCCUCUGCCGAAAGCCUACUGCCCAGUGUGAUGCUAUCUGGGGGUGACUGUGUCUACGUAAAAGAGGCCCGAGAAAGUUCCCCUGCCACUUCCACCAUGUGCGAUUGCAGAAAGUACAAUCUACGAACCAAGAUCAGGUUCCCUCACCAGACACGGAAUCUUGGACAUCCCAGCCUCCAGAACUGUGAGAAAUUCUUGUUUGUUGUUUAUAAGGUGCCCAAUUAUGGUAUUUUUGUUAUAACAGCCAAAGAAGACUAUGACAGAAGCCAAACUGGAAAUGAGCCUAACAGUGUACCCCAGAGAGCAAGCGUACAGGAGGGAGCAAGAGCUGCUCUCAGGACCACUAACCCCCAAGUGCUCUGAUGCCGGCGCUGGAGAAUCCACGUCACUCGGGACUCCGUUUCCAGUAAGAGCUCUCAGGUGGCCAAGGUCCAUGUCCUCCACCCCCAAGGGUCCACAGACUAAGCAAGAGUAGGGGUGAAACCCCCACCAGUGGUCACAGCUCUGAGGUAAGACGACGACUGGCUCUAGCUCCCCAAACCGCAGGCGGGUGCCCCACAACACACACGCAAAAAGCAAGCAUCUUUUCAGGAACUGGUAUUUAUUAUCAAAGUCAUAUUCGAUGUCAACAAGAUGCCACAACUACAAAAAAAAUUGCGCACAUUGCAAUCUCAAUGCAAACAGUCAAAUGGAACCCCAGUCAUUAAAAAAGUAAUUCAAAUUACCCCAAAAAGCAACUGAAUUUUUUAAACAUCUUUAUACAUCCAGCCAACAAAUUAAAAUGGUUAACAAGAAAAAA